AUGGCGGACCAAAAAACUCUCGACACGCCUGACCAGCAGGUCACAAGCAUAGAAACGACGCCCGCCGCAACCGAACGGCAUACCGGCUCUAACGAUGCGGCGGAGGAUGAUAUCAUCUACACGAAGGGCGUGCAGACUGAGAAGAGAGUAAUCCCGGAAUCCAGCUCGCUAGAUAGCACGGGACAGAAGAAGAGUGACAAGGACGAGGAAGCGGGUGAAAGCUACCCGAAACGGGCUUUCUACCGUCGGUACUCCAAGUAUAUCAAGCAUGUGGUCUAUGCUGUCAUCUUUCUCUUGUUCACCGGAUGGUGGAUUGCAGGUCUCAUCCUCCAUCGGCAUGACAAGAAUUGGGUGAUCCCCUUCUUGUUGUGGCUUGCCAUCACUCUGCGCCUCAUCUUCCUCUAUGUGCCCAUUUCGAUCGUCACGAGGCCAGUGUACUGGGUAUGGAAUCAAACCGCGUCGCGAUUCGUCGACCUCAUUCCGGAAAAGCUUCGCCUCCCCGGUGGUGCUCUCCUGACUAUUUCGGUCAUUAUCAUCGGCGCGUUUGCUUCGGAGGAGACCGCGGACAACAGCAGAGAAAACCGGGCCGUCAGUCUCUUCGGUCUCGUGGUGUUCCUGUUCGUGCUCUGGGCGACCUCGAGGAACCGCAAGAAGAUCGUCUGGCACACCGUCAUCAUGGGCAUGUUGGUGCAGUUCAUCAUCGCACUCUUCGUGCUGCGGACCCAGGCCGGAUAUGACAUUUUCAACUUCAUCUCCACGCUGGCUCGUGAGCUCUUGGAGUUUGCAGGACAGGGUGUUGACUUUUUGGUCGAGGAUGGAUUCGCGAAGAGUCAUACUUGGUUCCUGGUGAGCGUUGUCCCGGCCAUCAUAUUCUUCGUCUCGCUCGUCCAGCUUCUUUACUACAUCGGCCUGCUCCAGUGGGCCGUCGGCAAGUUUGCCGUCUUCUUCUUCUGGUGCAUGCGGGUGUCGGGUGCCGAGGCCGUCGUCGCCGCUGCGUCCCCCUUCAUCGGACAAGGAGAAUCCGCCAUGCUGAUUAAACCGUUCAUUCCGUAUUUGACCAUGGCCGAAAUCCACCAGGUCAUGUGCUCUGGAUACGCCACCAUUGCAGGAUCGGUGUUGGUGUCCUACAUUAGCAUGGGUGUCAACUCCCAGGCGCUGGUUUCGUCCUGUGUCAUGAGUAUCCCUGCUUCGCUCGCUGUCUCCAAGCUGCGGUGGCCCGAGGAGGAAGAGACCCUCACGGCGGGCCGCGUGGUCGUCCCGGAAGACGAGGAUCACAAGGCCGCCAACGCGCUUCACGCCUUCUCCAACGGAGCCUGGCUCGGCCUCAAGAUCGCCACCAUGAUCGCAUCUGUCCUGCUGUGUAUCAUCUCCUUCGUCGGCCUGAUCAACGGCCUCCUGACCUGGUGGGGUCGGUACCUGAACAUUAACGACCCCGACUUGACCCUCGAACUUAUCCUCGGAUACAUCUGUUACCCGAUCGCCUUCCUGCUCGGCGUCUCCCGCGACGGAGAUCUCCUGAAGGUCGGCAAGCUCCUCGGCAUGAAACUCGUCAUGAACGAGUUCAUUGCCUACAACGCCCUUCAAAACGAAGCCGAAUACCAGGACCUCUCUCCGCGAUCCAGACUGAUCGCCACCUACGCACUCUGCGGAUUCGCCAACAUCGGCUCCCUCGGUAACCAGAUCGGCGUGCUAGCCCAGCUCGCGCCCAGCCGAUCCGGAGACGUCUCUCGCGUCGCCUUCAGCGCCAUGGUCACGGGCGCGAUCAGUACCUUUACCAGCGCUACGAUCGCUGGUCUCCUGAUCACGAACGAAGCGGCUUUCACGACGCCGAACACGUAA